AUGUCUUCCUUGAUAAGAUUCUUGAGUACCCUGCUUGAAAUAGUAUCUGUUUCAGUGGACUGGAUGGAACUCCCCAUAGAUAUCAAGGGUGGUUGGGAGACUAUACUCAAUGAAGACGUGACCCUCAACGGCGCGUUCUCUUUCAUAUCUCUCAUAUGGUAG